UCCUUUAUCCAGGCAGUUGGCACCAUUCCCUUGCUGGAUUUAUCAGCCGUUUGGUGGGUAGUUCAAAACAACAGCCUUUGAUGGUGGAUGCUGAAGAGCACCUGAGAGGCAGGUGUAAAGCCCCAGAUCAGCUCUCUUAAAGCGCAACCUUCCCAUGGCUCUUCAUAUCAACUCUCCCAAUGAAUGCAGAUGUUUGACCUGUGAUGGACGAGUUCAAAACUGGUUCUUGAAUUAAUCCAUUUUUUAGGCUUCAUGCAAUACACUCAAGUGAGCCAAGGGAACUGGACCUGCGUUGGAGAACAGCGACUCGUGGGGGUUGGGGGGGAACCAGCCCCGAAGUUAAAACCAAAGCAAGCCUGUUGUGCGAAUGGCUCUAGCUACCUUUCACCUGGUCCGACUGCAGGGUGUGUGUGUGUGUGUGUUUGUGUGUGUGUGUGUGUGAGAGAGAGAGAGAGAGAGAGAAAGAGAGAGAGAGAGAGAACACAGCAAGGACGAGCCAAGGGAAAUUAAUUCAGCAAGCCCCCCCCCAACUCAAGAAAACGCUCCCCGUAAACGGAGAAAGAGGAGCCAUCCUUGAGAAACGACGGUCGCUUUUCCCAUCCGGACUAGCCCCAUCAUCCCCGGCCAGCCCGGCGAGGAAUGACGGCGACCCGAAGUCCAGCAAACCAGCCUGGCGCGCAGACUGGCUCCGAGGCCGGAAACACCGAGGCGGUCGCUUUCACACGACCCGUUUGACCCACGAUGGAAUACACCCGGGUUCCACUCCAGUCAGCUCGAUUCGAACUCAAAUCGGCUCGCUGCUCCGCGGGAUCCGGAGGGGAGCGGAGGGAGCGGGCAAAGCAGCUGGCCCCGCACACCGGAGCCACGCGGGACCCGACUCCCCCGUGGCUGGGUCCCUUAAAGGGGUGGGGGUGUAUUUGUUUAAAUGAGACCCGGACCCGCCGCCCCGCCCCCGAAAAGGCCCUUUAAAAGCGCCGGCAUGGCCGCAGGGAGCGACCGCAGCCGGGCGAGGGCGCUACGAGGGCUCCAUGGCCGAAGGAGGCGAAGCCGCCGGGGCGCCGGACGUGAUCCUAGAGGAUUAUUUCAUGAUGGAGGAGGACAUAGGGGAAGAAACUCUGAUUGACAAAGCAACUGAAGAGGAUGAAAUUGAUCUCUAUAUUAACUUAACAUUCACUUCAGCCUACCCUGAAGACAAUAGGGCAAAGGCCUUGACAACGGAAUCUCAGAAGGUGGCUGUGGUUGACCCCAGGGAAGGGGAGAUGGUCGAUGCUGAAGGAGAACAGGAGACCAGAACGUCAGAUGAGGAACCGAUGGUAGAAGAUGGAAAAGAAGACGAAAGUCUUUCCGAAGAGUCUCAACCCCAGUUUGCUUCUGGCACCAUGGAGGCCGACGAGGAAGCCAUGACCGACCAUGGAGAGGUGCCUACAAGUAAGAAUGCAGGAGAACUGCAUGACUUGGAAGAUCCAGCUGUUAUGAGUGCUGUACGAGGUCAGCGUCUGCUGGAGAAAGAAGAUUCUGCUGUUCUCGAUAGCAAAGUGGCCAGCCAUUUUUCGGAAUUUUCUCCUGGUUACUUGCCCCAUUCAAAGUGUAUGUGGAGGACUCCAACUCUGAGGAGGAGCCCGUCGCUAUCGAUGAUGCAGGCUCUAGAAAGGGUGUCCCGGUCCCGUGCCAAUCUAGAUUUCCUGACUUCACCGGUGCGGACCAGCUUCCUUGAUUCCCCUGACGUGGACUGCUCAGCUUUCUGCGGGAGGACUCUGAGUCCCACUCCCCAGCGUUUCAUGCGUCAAGAACCUCCCGUGAUGUCGCCUUCCAUAAGACUACCGUAUCCAUUCACUCCACCUCGCAGGAUACGUCGUCCGUUUGGCCUUAGCCAGAUGUCAGGAUAUGCCUCUCCACCUCCCUUCCAGCCAUUGUUUUCCAACGCCAGCAGCCCAACAUGGGCUUUGACGCACACCCCUGAAACGCCACCCUUCAGCCCGCUGAGUGGCAGCCAGCAGAAGAUCAGCUUGCCCAGUGCAAUGACUCAGUUGCAUCCUUUACAUCAGCGAUUUCUGACUCAAAGGCAGCGAGGGCAAAAAGUGAGAUCAUGUUCCUGCUUACCUCCAAGACUCCCCAGCGUGGACUCUCAGACGCCAGAAGUGGAUCCUUUCUCUGCUCUCAUGAUUCCGUUUGAAAAAGAUUGGGUGAUCAAGGUACAGAUGUUACAGUUGCAGAGUGAAAACCCCCAGCGGGAUGACUAUUAUUACCAGGAAUAUUAUCGCAAGCUGGAGCACAAACAAGCUGAGAAAGGGCUCCUGCCAGGGAGUAAACUGGACGUCCCUAAGUUAGUCACCCCAUAUAUCCAAAGAGUGGAGACCUACGAAUCUGUAGUGCGGAUUCCAGGGUCCUUGGGACAGGUAGCCAUGUCCACCUGCUACAGUCCCCGCAGAGCUAUCGAUGCGGUGUACCAUUUCUCUCUGGAACAGGCGGUAGGGAAUCAGCGGCUACAAGUGCUUUACCAGAUUGAGAAAAUGUACCUUAUACUCCUGGAGAUGGAGGACAUUCAGCGGAAACUGGAUCAGGCCCCAGAAGAGAUGCAUCCCCAAUUAUACGAGAAACUUGUCCGUGUAGUAGAACGCAUCUACCAAGCACUGAGAAUUGAGGAGCAUUCUGGUAAAGAAGAGGUGAAAGAGGAGUUUCUACAGCUUCUGCUGGUAGGAAAAGGGAAGCGGUUGGUGGCCCGUCUGCUGCCACAUCUGUCCCUGGAGAGAGCCAAGAUGACCCUUGUCAGUAUUGUGCAACACCUAGCAAUGCUCAUCAAGAAGGACCUAUUGGAGGAGUCCCUCUCUGUCCUCUACACUCCUCUCUGUAACACCAUUGGACAGUUGACAUUUAGAGAGUUGAUGGAUCUCCUCCAGGAACUCACCCAGUUGCAGCCCGAUUCUGUCAAACAGUCCCUCACUUUGGUCUUCAGCAAUAAGUUUGCCAUCUCGCUGCUGUACCUGCUCUUGAGCCAUGGUGAGAGAUGGCUCUCUUCGGAUACAUCCCCAAAGCCUGAUACUAAAGACUUGGAAAAAUGGGUGGACUUGGUGCUUCUUGUUGCAAGAGAGCUGUCUCAAGUUCCCAAAACUUCCAUGGUGGAACCCCUUCACCUUCCCAGCAACCUUCUCUUCCUCUUCUGUCGCUAUGUGGACAAAGACAUUGUGAACCGCUUGGAUGUCCAGAUGGACUGAGGAUUAUCCAUGGUUAAGGGAGUGUGUUAUGUGAAGGCAAGUAUAUCUGCAAGGGUUCGACAUGUGUGGCAGGGCAACCGUAGAUGAAAGCUGUAGGGUCUUUAUAGCCCAGUCACUUGACAAGAUGUGAGGGACUUCUCUGGUAAUUGCACGCCUCCUUUCAGCUCUCUUUGGUCUUUGAUCGGCCAUGUAACCUCGAGGUCUUGCUGAACUACAACUCCCAGCAUUCUUAGCAAAUAUGGCCAAGAGUGGCGGAUUCUAGGCCUGGUAGUUCAAUAACAUCUGGAGGUCCAACAGGUCCACAUCUUCACCUCUUUCAUAACAGGGGACAUGUGAACUCAUUGCUCUUUUAGAAAUUGGGGAAGGAGGCCCUUGA